AUGUCAGAUAUUCAGCAGUAUCUGCUUGACUUUGAUAGGAGCAAGAAGGAGGCUACUGCGACUGCGAAACAGAGCGCGACGCGGCUCGAGGAUGGCAAGUUGAAGCUUGUUAGUCUGGUUACGGACCUGGGUGAAUAUCUGAAUAGUGAGGAUGGGGCGAUUAGGGCGAAGACGAUGUCGUACCUCGCCGAGGUGCUAGAGCAGACUUCACCGAAGGUCUUGUCUUUACAACAGCGAAAUUUACUAUGCGACUUUACCGUCUCCCGAACCGAAGACAGCGAAGGCCUAGGAUCAUGUGCGACAGCGCUGUUAGCCCUCGAGAACCUCGGAAAGUGGGACGACCAACGGGUUGUCAGCAUCGUGGAAGCGCUCCUGAACAACACACAUCCUCUCCGCCAAUACAAACAACAGAGCGAAAGAUACCCGGUGUUGAGACUUAUCGAUAGGCUCAUGGCCAAGUACAGGGACAUUCUACAAGCCCACCACGAUGCAACGCCCGGCUUCAUGGAGCGCUUUAUAUCAUAUUUUGACGGAGAGAAGGAUCCUCGGAAUCUGAUGGUAGUAUUCUCAAUUCUACGAGUGCCCAUGGCAGAGUGGAAUAUUGGCGCAGAUGCACAAAAUCUUUUUGAUGCUGUAUUCAACUACUUUCCCAUUACCUUCCGGCCACCUCCCGAUGACCCGUACGGCAUCACUGCUCAGGACCUCAAGGAUCGUUUGCGCGACUGCAUAUCUUCUACGGCCGACUUUGCGCCAUAUGCCUUCCCUGCGCUGCUAGAUAAGCUUGACUCAACGUCGAUGAACACCAAGCGAGACGUGCUAUCGGCAAUCACCGCAUCGGUAAACGGAUAUGGUCCACGGACGGUGUCUUUAUAUGCUGUUACGUUAUGGGAUGCACUAAAGUUUGAAGUGCUCAACGUACAAGAGGAGGAUCUUGCUAAAGAGGCUCUGGCGGCUUUGGCUGCUAUCGCGAGAACGCUGUCGCAGGGUACACCAGGGUCCCUCCAGGCUUACUUGAAACCAAUCAUCAAAGAAUGCAACGAGCACUUAGAAGACGCGCCGACGAAGCAGUCGCAAGCCUCCGCGCGGUUCUUGGAGAGUAUCGCAAAUGUGUCUCCGGAUGUCACCAGCAUUCUGCUAGCUGGAGUUCUGCCAAAUCUCUUUCUCCUGUUCCAGACAGCAGAUACCAUGCAAAAGCGCCGAGGCUUGCUUGAGGUCCUUGUUCAACUCAUCAAAGCGAACAUUGAUGUCUACGGCGACUGGAGAAAGAUGGGUCCUGGUGGAGAGCAAGUUGGGAAAAACGCCCUUCUCCAAUUCCGAGACCAAGCGCUGGAGGUAAUGGUGAAUGGACUGGAGACUGCUCCGAGUAAGGAGGUAUCGUUUCGACUUGUAUGUCUUGGCGGUUUGAUACAGCUAUCAAAGGCUCGCGGACUGCUUAGCGACGAGGAUGUCGGCAGGAUUAUCCAGUUAUUGCAUUCCAUCGUCAUCCACGAGGAAUCGUACGGGAAAGACGAGGUCAAAGGAGCAGCCAUCAACGGUAUCGUUGAGAUCGCUCAUCAGAAACCACAAGUCGUCGUCGAUAAAGCAUUCCCAGCGUUCCUAGCCCAACUUCCUGACACAGACGCAAAUGGAUCGGAUGGCUACAUGGCCGUGCUCGAAGCUUUCGCUAAGCUCGCCAGCGAGGAGCAGGUAUUUGACACAGUCAUACUACGACUCAAGAACAAGUUCAGUGCAGCGGUACAGCAAGGUGCUUCGUCCAAGUAUAUUGUUGCACUCCUCUCGGCCAUGUUAUAUGCGCUCAAGAAGGGCGAGAACAAGCUGUCCCAGAGCUCGGACACCUCGACGUACUACAACGAUAUAGCCCUCCCGCUGAUUCAGCGUGCGUCAAGCUCCGAUACGACCCAUCCUGUCGCAUUCAACAAUGAGAUGACGCUGGAUCUCGUCGGUCGCAUAUGCAACUUAAUCAUCAGAUAUCUGCCCACUGACCAGCAGAACAGUAUCGCUUCGGAGUUGUACACACUGUUCCGUGGCACACCACAAGCCGAACUCCCACCUUUCAACACCAAUGCAAGUGUCGAAAGCAACAGAACGAUGAUUGUGUCGACUCAUCUACUCGCCUCUUUCCGCAAAGAUACAACUCUUCCUUGCGAGCUCCAGCUACUAAUAACAUCCCUCGCAAACUAUGCACAGCAACCCGCGCUAUCACCACUGGUUCGAUCAACCUCUCUUCGCCAGAUGUCGCUCGUAAUCAACAAAUACUACACUCCCGCCGCCCUCAAAACAUGCAUGGACCCCCUCAUUGCCGAGUUCGACCUUCUAAACCCCGAAAAGCUCGACCUACCCAGAAUACGAAUCAUCUUCGCCUGCCUCCGGGGAAUAGUCCUCAGAAGCAGCGCCGUACUAAACACACUCUACCCAACCCUCCUCUCACUCCUCUCCCACCCGCAAUACGGCAUCACCGUCGCCCAAGGCUUCACAACCCUCCUCCAACCAGACGACCUCCUCACAAAAGAAAAUCACUGUCAGAUCCUCGGUCUGCACAAGCACAAGACUUUUGCUCUCUUGGUGCCAAACAUCACAUCCGCGUUCAAAGACGCAGACGCAGAGACUAAACCAAACUACCUCAUCGCUCUCAGCGGAGCACUCCGAUGGAUGCCCUUUGACAUUGUCGUCGAAGAAGUCGGACAACUCGUGACCUUACUCCUCCAAUCUCUCGAUCUCAAGGGCGUGGAUAUCGUAAAAGAAGCUGCAAUCGGCACGCUGAUUUCUACCCUCCGCGAGAAACAUGAGGUGCUCGAGGAACAUACCGGAGCGCUGAUUUCGAGACUGUUGGCUUGUGCUACAAAGGAGAAGAACGGCAAGGGUAAGAAGGAGGGGGCUUCGCCGCCGCCGCCGAGUGUGAGAAUAGCUGCGCUCAAGUGUUUGCUAUUGGUGGCGGAGAAGUUCUCGGAAGAUGUGAUUGUGAGGUAUAGGAGGGCGGUGUGCAAGGGGCUUGUUGCGGCGUUGGAUGAUGGGAAGAGAGAUGUUAGGAGGGAGGCGGUGAGGUGUAGGGCUAAGUGGUUGAUGGCUGAUGAGCCGGAUGAUGAUUAG